CCCGCCAGAGCCGAGCUCUCGGCGACGAGCUCCGGUGGAUGGGAAGCUCGGCUCUCCCGGGAGUCCCGCCUGCUUGGAGACCCGAGUGAUCUUUUCCGACUACACCUGCGUCUCACGCAAACAUUUCUUCAGCCGUGCUUACCAUGGGCUAUCUCCCUGAGGCGGGAUAAUCGCUAGUGCUACCUCCAGAAAGAGACGCCAGGACCCUCCUGUCCAGUGUGUGAAAAUCCCCGUAACUGCCAGUUUGCUUACCCGACUCAUCGCCACCUGGACUUUGUGUUCUGCUAAAGUGAUGUGAAAAGACCUGACAUGGAUGAUAUUCCUGAUAGAAUGAAGAUGGAUUUCGGAGAAGUAACUCUAAUGAACCACAACUCCGUAUUCAAGGCUCAUCUGCUACCACAGACAGGGUUAUCAGAGGACCAGCUCUCAGUUUCUGAUCAUCAGAUUUUACCUUCCAGGCAAGGAAAUUUGGACCGAUCUUUCACAUGUUCCACAAGAAAUGAAGCUUAUAGUCCAAAUUACUACUCAGAAAACCCUUCCCCUGACAGUCUUCUUGGCUCAGGCGAUUUAAGAACCUUUGGCCAGAAUGCAAAUGGCCAGUGGAGAAGUUCUACUCCAACAUCAGGAUUAACUUUGCAAAAAUCAAGAAACAGCCGGAGUCUUUUCCUGGAAACCCGAAAAACCUCAAGUGGAUUAUCAAACACUUUUAUCGGAAAGUCAAAUCAUCACUGCCAUGUGUCUGCAUAUGAAAAAUCUUUUCCUAUUAAGCCUGUCCCAAGUCCAUCUUGGAGUGGUUCAUGUCGUCGAAACCUUUUGAGCCCCAAGAAAACUCAGAGGCGACAUGUUAGCACAGCAGAAGAGACCAUUCAAGAAGAAGAAAAAGAGAUUUACAGACAGCUGCUACAGAUGGUCACAGGGAAGCAGUUUUCAGUAGCCAAACCCACAACACAUUUUCCUUUAUACAUGUCUCGAUGUCUUAGUUCCACUAAGAAUGCUUUGAAAGAGCCACUGUUUAAAAAUGGAAAUUCUUAUGCAGCUCAGAUCAUUGGUUCAGAUACUUCAUCAUCUGGAUCAGCAAGCAUUUUAACUACCCAGGAACAACUAUCCCACAGUCUGUAUCCCCUGUCAUCAUAUACCCCAGAAGUUGCUUCAUAUGGAUCCAAAGAUUCAGAACCUCCCCAUCAACCCCACCAGCACCACUCACUUCUGCAUCAGCCAGAUAAUUUACCAGCUUCAAAUACACAAUCUGAAGAGUCAGACUCUGUCAUUUUACUCAAAGUGAAUGAUUCCUCGGCACCUGCUCUCAGUCCUACCUUUUUCCAGGCAGAGUUGUGGAUCAAAGAAUUAACUAGUGUUUACGAUUCUCGAGCACGGGAGAGAUUGCGGCAGAUUGAAGAGCAGAAAGCAUUGGCUUUACAGCUUCAAAAUCAGAGAUUGCAGGAACAUUCAGUACAUGAUUCAGUAGAACUGCAUCUUCGUGUACCUCUUGAAAAGGAGAUCCCUGUUACGAUUGCCCAAGAAACAGAAAAGAAGAGUCAUAAAUUAAUUGAUAGUGAAGAUGAAUUUCCUGAAAUAACGCAGGAAAUGGAGAAAGAAAUAAAGAAUGUAUUUCGUAAUGGGAAUCAGGAUGAAGUUCUCAGUGAAGCAUUCCGCUUAACUAUUACCAGAAAGGAUAUUCAAACUCUAAACCAUCUCAACUGGCUCAAUGAUGAGAUCAUCAAUUUCUACAUGAACAUGCUGAUGGAGCGAAGUAAAGAAACGGGAUUGCCAACUGUGCAUGCGUUUAAUACCUUUUUCUUCACUAAGUUAAAAACGGCUGGCUAUCAGGCGGUGAAACGCUGGACAAAAAAAGUGGAUGUAUUUUCGGUUGAUAUUCUUUUGGUUCCCAUUCACCUGGGAGUGCACUGGUGUUUAGCUGUUGUGGACUUUAGAAAGAAAAAUAUUAUCUAUUAUGACUCUAUGGGCGGUAUAAACAAUGAAGCCUGCAAGAUUCUCUUGCAAUACCUAAAGCAAGAAAGCGUUGACAAGAAAAGAGAAGUGUUUGAUACCAAUGGUUGGCAGCUCUUCAGCAAGAAAAGCCAGGAAAUUCCUCAGCAGAUGAAUGGUAGCGACUGUGGGAUGUUUGCUUGCAAAUAUGCGGACUGCAUUACCAAAGACAGACCAAUCAACUUCACACAGCAACACAUGCCCUAUUUCCGGAAGCGGAUGGUGUGGGAGAUCCUCCACCGAAAGCUCUUGUGAAGACUGAGCCAGCACACGCUGACGGUGUUGGGGACCAGCUCUGUUUUCCACAACUAGAGACCCUGUAAACAGCUGCUCCCAACCCUUCGUUCUUAGAAAGCCCGUGAUCUGGACCAGGCCUUGGCAAGAUGCAUUCACAAGCACAUCUGCCUUUCCUUUUGUAUCUCAGAUAAUAUUUUUGCAAAGCAAUUUUGGUGCUGUGAAAGGGAUAAGGGACAUCCCUAAGCUGAAGAGAAAGACUUCACUUCUUCAGUUCUGCCAUCGUCUUUUCAAAGGGCUCCAGCUUCACUCAGUUCCUAAUAAGGGAACGGAGAGAAGCUUGGAAAGAAUCUUGGUUUCAUAUAAACUCUUGUUGUUAGGCCUUAUUACGAGCUCGGGAAAGGCAUUAACAAAGAGGUAGGGAUAAAAACCACCAGCAUAUACACGCACACAUAGACACACAUGUAAUUUUUCAAGACGUGUGGUCAGGAAUGUGACUGUAAACUGGACUGUGGGCCACAUGCCUAAGUCUCCUCCAGGACUUUUUACAUGCCCUUUUGUAACGUUCAUUCGCUUCUAUAAAGGCUUUUUAGUCAUCUGUAGUUUCCUACCAGCCUGAGACGUAGCACUUGGGUUCUGGGUGGGCCCUGAAGUCCCAGGCAGUCUUUCCCUGAAAAGCAGGGGUGUGCUUAUGCUAGCAGCACACGAUAAGGGACAGACCCACCCAAGGAGUGGCUCAGUGGGGCAACAAGCACCACUUUGACUGCCGCCUGCUUCUGACCAGGAAGAAAGAAGACCUGUCUAGCCUAAAACUCGGCAUUGGCUGAGUGCAGGUCUAGUUUGGUCUGUGGCUAGGUAGUUUAAAUAUGUUUCUAACCACAGAGAAUUUAAUAUAUAUUUUUCACAGGAAUAUGCUCUUUUCCCCCUUCCCCUUCAAGGCUGAAUGUGUUCAUCAUUUUAGCCUGGAAAUUUAUGUCCAUUUUCCAAAUUUAGCUCCAGCACACACAGAUCCCAGACCCUAUGUGUAGAGUGUUUGUGAAUUUCCUAAAGGGAUGUUUUAAGGCCUGAGUGAACUUUGUCUUAGGGGUCAAGUUACAGAGGCUGUGAGAUUUUCAACUGGAAAACGGGUGGAGUUUGGACUACUCAACUUGAGAUUGGAAACCUGCUAUUUCUUUUGUCCCUUCCAGCAUUUCCUGCUACCCUCUCAGAGCUCCUCAGGCGUAGAUUAUGAAAAUGAUCCAAUGCCAGUGUCAUUUUGUACUUCUGUUCCAAAACAGGAACCUUUUAUACUUUUUUCUUGUAUUGUAAUAGGUAGUUUUGUAUGAAAUAUUUUCUCCUCGCCCUUAUAUCCCAUCCUUCCCAGCAUUGUGCUUUCUCCCUGGGCUUAUUUGGAAAUUUUACUCUGUUUUGUACUAAGCUUGUUCAGAACAUUUUUCUAUGUUUUACCACCGGUUACAGUUGAAAAGAAAACUAUUUUUUUUAAAUAUUCCAUUGUUAACUGAAUGUUAAUGUUUCCACUCCAGCAA